AACGGGAGAAACGUUUUUGUGUAUAUUAUUAUUUCUACACUGACGCUAAGGUAUUAUUUAAUAUUAGUACAGUGUACAGUGAAUCAGUGUUAGUGUUCUUUCUUGAAUAAAGUGAAUAGUAGAAAAUGGCUCGUACAAAGCAAACAGCCCGUAAAUCGACUGGUGGUAAGGCACCACGCAAACAAUUGGCAACAAAAGCUGCCCGUAAGAGUGCACCAGCGACUGGUGGUGUAAAGAAACCACAUCGUUAUCGUCCCGGUACAGUGGCUUUGCGUGAAAUUCGUCGUUAUCAAAAAAGUACUGAAUUGUUGAUCCGCAAAUUGCCAUUCCAGCGUUUGGUACGCGAAAUUGCCCAGGAUUUCAAGACCGAUUUACGUUUCCAGAGUUCCGCUGUUAUGGC